AAUGAACUAGAGUUUGUGAAACGAAGCAGAAUGUAAGCACAAUCGUGAGGAUACUGCUCGUGGCGGUAGUAUUCUAUUCUGUGACUAGGAUUUAAUCAUGAAAAUGUGUAUAGAUUAGAAUAUUUGGUGAGCAUUUAAAUAAUUUGAAAUAAUAUUCGGAGUUACCCACGUUUGUAAUCAUGACGAAUAGCACGCUGUUUAGCACCUGCGAUCGUUGCCCCAAGUUUGUAGCUUUCGGAAACGUUCUGUUGGACAUCAGUGUGGAGCUCCAUGAUAAUAAAAUCCUCAAAGAUUUCGACUUGAAGGAUGAUGACCAGCGGGAAAUUCCAGCAGCUAAAUUGGCUCGAUUGGUGGACGUUGCCGUAGAAACAUGUGGAAACUCAAAGUACAAUCCAGGCGGGUCGGCACUAAACACGUGCCGCAUACUACGCGCACUUGGGGAGAAGAAUAUAAUGUUCUGUGGAGCCAUCGGUGCCGACGAGAAUGGGGAAAUUUUAACGCAAAUUUUGAAGGACAGUUCCCUAAACACGUGCAUCCAGACACUGCCGGAACACUCGACGGGCACAUGUAUCUGUCUGAUUAGUGGCGAUAAAAGGAGUCUUAAUGCAAAUAUCGGUGCGUCACUGCACUUUAAGAAGGAGUUUAUUACAUCGCGUUGGUGUCAGAGCAAGAUUGGCACCUGUACUUCGGCGGCGCACGACGAUAGCGAUGAAGAUGCUCGUGUAUUCUACAUCGAGGGAUACUUCACGCCGGAAAAAUUCAACAUUUGUAAGCACAUCUAUGAGAAAUACUGCAAAACGGGUGCGAAUUUGUUUGUGACGAACCUCAACGCGACCUAUAUUCUGCAGAACUUCACCAAGGAGAUGCAAUAUCUGGUGGAGCAUGCUGAUUUGGUAUUCGGGAAUUUAACGGAAUUCAUUGCUUUGGCGGAGAUCUACGAAUGUGACAACAUUGAUGAGUUGGCCAGAUGCCUGAUACGGAAGUAUUUGAAACUUAAGCGGGAGAAAAUUCUCGUGGCAACCGAUGGUUGCCGAUGUGUUCGAUUUUUCCACGGAAACGGAAGUAUUUUUCACGCCGACACAUUCCAAGUACCCAUCGUUCCGAAGAAAGCGGUUGUGGAUACGACUGGUGCCGGGGAUUCAUUCGUGGCUGGAUUUUUGUAUAAAUAUAUGAAUGGUGAGUCGCCUACAUUGCUCGAUUGCAUCCGACAUGGCAGCAAAGUAGCAGCGAAGGUAAUUCGCCAGGUGGGAUGCAAAUUACCACCAUCACUACCAUCAUCUCCAUCGGCGGUUCUAACGCCAACGGAAAAUAUCGGUUUCGUCGCUUAAAGGUGUUAUAUUAUAUUAGUAAACAGUUUUGCACACAGUACUAUAUUUUGAAGGAAACAAGGGUGAUCUCAUAUAAUUGUUAUAGGCAUUUUGUUUAUUUGUUAUUAACAAAAUUAUAUAUAGCAUAACAUUAAACGCUUCAAUAUAGUGUAAUUUCUUGGUGUUAUUUAAUUUUAUAUUUUUUUAGCAUUUAGUAUAAUUGCACAAUGGACGGAAUGAAAGUAGUUUCUAACAGUAUCUUUUUUUUUUUUUCUGUAUUAUAGUAACUUUCAACGCUUCUGGCUGGUUCGUCACUUUUACCUUCCAUUUUGGAAGAAUGUCGGGAGUGAGAAUUGAACUCGUGAUCUUGAGCGUGAGAAGUAUGGAUGUUACCUCCACGCCAGAUCGGCUCCCUAACAGUAUCUACUUUGUCUCAUAUGCUCGUUAUCUGAGGGUUAUUAUCAGUUCUCACAUAUCUCUCAACUUUUCAAAUAUACUCUGAGAUUCGAAAUCCCAUGUUAUAGGAAAACACCGACCUAGGCGAGGUACUGUUAAGCUUCUAUGGCAAUACCUGAGUCUUGUCUCGAGAGGGAUAUCAAGCGACAACUGUAGCCAUGUACAGCGGUAAAACAGGUCAGUACAGGUACAGCGAUUGUACCGAGUUGCCUGCAUGGUUCUAGCGCUGUACAUGGUGACAGACAUACAAUUUUCGAAGCACAACGUUAAUACAGUUGUAUGUCUGUCAUAAGUAUAAGUCUAAAUACAAGUUAGCAAGUGGGACUGAUCUUAACAGAAUUCUUCCUAGUAGUAGUGUUGUAAUCGACGGCGACGAGCUCGAGGUGGUAGAGGAAUUUGUCUACCUUUACUUGUUGCGCAAAUCUUCAAGGUCCAACAAACUUCGAGCCCGUACGAAGUGUACCAUGUACAAAUCCCUGAUUCGACCUGUUGUUCUCUAUGCGCACGAACAGGGCUCUGCAUAGUCAUAGUCAACUGAAGAUAGUCAGCUGACUAUCUGACUGACUAUUUCUGUAUUCAGUUAGUAAUGACUACGCUAUCUCCCUCUACCGACUCGACUAUAUCAUUUCAUUCUUCCCAGUCAAAUUGUCCUCAUUGCAUUUUGAAGUGACUUUCCCCAAAACGAAUUCGUUCCUCUCUUUCUCUCUCCCAUGUACGUGUCCAUGCAUCGAUGUUUGAGUUCAACGUGGUUUGACAUACGCUACAGGUGAGCUAGAUUCUUUCGUAUCGUGCACAAUAGUUACUCAUACGUAUGAAAUAGCGUGCAGUGUGUGCUAUUUUUCACGCCUUCUUCUUCUUCUUCUUCAAUGGCACUAACGUUCCUAGAGGAACUUCGCCGUCUCAACGUAGUAUUACUUGCGUCAUUUUUAUUAGUUCUUAGUUGAGAUUUCUAUGCCAAAUAACACGCCUUGAAUGCAUUCUGAGUGGCAAGCUCUAGAAUACGCGUGAUCACAGUGCAAGUCGGAGGAAAUUUCUUUGACGAAAAAUUCCCCCGACCAGAACGGGAAUCGAACCCGAACACCCGGCAUGUUAGUUAUGACGCUAACCACUCGGCCACGGGAGCACAACUUGCACGCCUAAUACUAACUAAUACUAACGUGAGGACAUUUAUAGCAUACUUGAUAAAUGUCUAAGUUCGUUGGUUUGAGUUCACGAUGGGUAGGCAAUAAACCGUCCAUUGAUGGGGUAACUUCUUUUUUGCAUCAGAAAUCAUGUUUUCGUUCCUCUUUAUAUGGACGUAAAAAUAAGAUUGUGUACGCGGUUAACAAUUUCGGUCCUAGGGGGUAGAAAUGUGGAUUGAAGUCAGUUGAAUGAAGAGGCAGAUUUGUAUUCAUUAGUCGAGUCAGUUAAAAUAACCACUGACUGGACUAGUUCACCAGUCAUUCUCGCUAGUCAACGCUAGUCAAUUAAUUUUCUAGUUAAGUCACUUUUUGUUGCCGGCGAUUGCCGAAGCUACAGGUACAGUUUUUUUCGAGUAAUAAAUCAAUAACACGUGGAGUUGGUCAAACUGUCAAAGUUUAGCAUAACAUAACAAGCAUCGAACAAAUGAGUAAUUUGAGGCUUGAAUACUAUUUUUUCAACAGAUUUUUCUAUGCAACAAAUAUACAACAAAUAUUUGAUGCGAUACAGAUUUUUUAAUGAAAUAGAACAGACAAAAAAGAAGAUAUUACUAUGACAAAAAUCAGACUGCUUGCAGAAUACAGACUGCCCUUAAAGGUUCAAUGGCAUAACCUCUGUUCCUUUUUUGGGAUAUAUUCGUCCCAGAGCAACAGAUUGAAUUGUUUGUACCAGGCUGGAAAACCCGAAUUCACGCUGCCAUGUGAAUAGCUAAAAGAUUGUUAUCCAACCAUUCUCAAUAAUAUAGGGUUGAGAAAAAAGAAAUGUCGUAUUUCUGAUCGAAAUUUGACGCUUUAUUUAACAUACUUAAAAUUUUCCAAUUUAGGUCAAAUAUGCGCCGUUUUGUUCGCAAACUUGUUGCCAUUUAGAAGGCAACUUCAUUAUAACCGAACCACCACCCCCCCCCCCCUUAUCAUACAUUCCGCCCCCCCCCCCCCAAUCCUAAUUGGCAAUCAGACAGCCAGUUUUCGCAAGCCUCUUUUGAGGCCAACUUAGUAUCACCAACAGUGUUUUGCAUGGACCCGAAGAGAUGAUAAUCACUUGGAGCCAGGUCCGGACUAUACGGUGGGUGCAAUUGGACAUCCCAUCUGAGCUCCCGUAGUUUCUGGCGGGUCAUCAAAGAUGUGUGAGGCCGAGCGUUGUCCUGGUGGAAAACAACACCAUUCCUAUUGAUCAUUCGCUUCUGGCCAAUCGCUGCUUCAAACGGUCAAGUUACUCACAUUAGAGAACCGAGUUGAGGGUCUGGCCAUAGUUGAGCAGCUCAUAGCGGAUGAUUACCUUCCAAUCCCACCCAGUUCCUGGCCAAUUGCCGUUCAUGCCGUUCUACUUGGAUGAUUUCAACGAUUUUAUCGGUUUCCACGACGAUUGGCCUGCCAGUACGGGGUGUAUCUUCGACAGCCACUACACCAGAACGAAAUCGAUCAAACCAACGCUGUGCUGUGCGAAUCGUUACAGUAUUGGGUCCAUAAACUACACGAAUUUUUUCGGCCGCCUUCGUUGCAGUUUUACCUCGCAGGUAGUAAAAACGUAAAAUAUGGCGAAUUUCUUGCUUAGUGGACUCCAUCUUUGACGCGCUAUAACUUGAGACUGAAAAGGACAAUCACAACACUGUCAAAACGACACUUGUAGCACAGAUUGUCGUCUUUAAAUAGCCGUACCGAUGCAAUAAGUACAACACAAGAUAUGUUUAAGUGUUGCCAUAUAUUGACAAUAUACGACAUUUCUUUUUCCCCAACCCUAUAUUUUCAAUUUCAUGUAUUCUUUCAAUUCCGCGUAAUAUUCAUAUACUUCCUGAUUAUCAGAAAAAAAUCUGGAGGAAGCUGGGGCGAUUCAUGAAUUAGGUAAAAAUAAAAUCACAUAGUGAGGGCAAGUUGAGAAAAAAAAAUUUCGUUGCUUUCAAUCCAUUGUUUGGCCUAUUGCGUGUACGUGUUAUCGUAAUUGUUUGUAUAAUUGAUUGUUAGUGAAAAUCGCUGUUAAAUUUUUCCUCUGAAUGAAAUAUGAUUGUAUGUUGUCCAAACAGAAAAUAUGAUAAAUUGCACAUAUUUUGUUCGCAUCAAAUUAUUACAUUACACUCUAGAGCACUGAGAGCACAAGGCAGACAAUCGGAUAUCCCCGUCCGUGAUAUCUUAGGUAGCCGGGAUCCUGAUCUUCUGCUUCAUCUAUACCUGUUCCUCAGAAACGCCGAUGUCAACGUUUAAUGAUGUUUCCUUCGUUGUGCCCCCGUUUUAUAUCCCUCCUAUCCGAUCGAUAAACUUUUACUUAGUCGCGGCAAUACAUACACACACUCUUUACAGAUGCACGGGCCGAAGGUUGUGCAGUCCACUGAUAAUUCAACAAGAGCCAAAGGUUGUACCGCUCAUGAUAACUCUACACGAGCUGAUGAUUGCGCCGGCUAGUGACCAUUCUAUCCUGGAUUCCUCGAGGCGAGAAAGACGCACCACGCUAGAUAUGGGGUACAGACAAGGGGGGCGUUGCUGAAUAAUGGUCAGCUGCAUCCCAAUAGGAAGUAUCCCGUGUCGGGCACACGUACAGAGCAUCGAAGACUGCAACAUACCAAUUAUGAGAACACUUGUAAUACUAACCUCGAGCCAACCGCGAGUAAUCGGUUACAUAUUACUAACAUAGUUGUAAGACAAAAAUUGUCAAAAUAUUGGACUCCCGGCCCCGUCAGGCUAACGCCACAUGUGCCUUAAUAAAAUAUAUAUUUUGGAAAAAAAAAAAUAUUACAUAUACUUUUGUCGGCCAAUAAAUUUAUUUUCACAUACAGUUUGCGACUUUUAAAAAAGAAGCACCCCAACCCAACCAAAUUUCAAAAAAUAUGAAUCCCAUACGUACACUAUUCAAUCCAACGAUAUCAAUGAAUAGCUGUCUAUUGAUGUUGGAUUCCAGCUAACAUUCUAUGUUGUUCUUAAUACCGCUGAACGAAAGAGCGAAAGAACGGUUCAAAAGAACUGAUUCACUUAGAUGAACGGUUAGUGACUGAACCAUAAAUAAAAGUGAACUGUUUUGCCCUUCUCUAGUUAGAAGAACAAAGAGUAUUUUUUAUGUGUCACAUAUUUUAUUGGCGCAUGCGAUAGAGAGAUGCAUACAGUCUGAUAGUUCAUACUAUGUUUUGGUCCGAACCCACCUCAACUCAAGCUAGUACCGCACCACACAUAUGCAGGAGCUUUUAUUGAACAAUUUGUUAUUAAGCUUAUUGAAUACCUUCUUGCAUAGGAGAUUUUGAAACAAGGCUUGAGCACAAUAAAGCAUUAUUGUCGAUUGGAAUUCCAAAGUGAAGAGACGAUUAUCCGAACCAAAGUGAGAAUCAUAUAAGAAAUCCGAACCUACUACAACAUAAGUCGUAGCUCCCCGACGGGGAAUUGAACCCCGGUCUCCCGCGUGUAAGUGUUACUGACCACUAUACUAUCGAGGAGAUUUUGAGAACUUGCGAUAUACAGCCCUAAUCUGUAUUCCGACAGAUUUCCAUUUCGUUCGAAACCGUUGUUUCGUUCGAGUUAUAAUUUUACAUUCCCUAUUUCGAACUUUUUGCCCAUUCGAUGUUCGAAGAGAUACAGAUCGAACGAAAUACAGAAUGGAAUUUUAUCUAGUUGUUCGAAAUAAUUCGAAUCGAUCGAAAUACAGAAUAGGGGUGAUAGUGUACGCCAGUUUGGAAAAACUAGUUUCGAGAAAAUCGCAUUUGAAGUUGAUUGUUAUGGCCGCACUUGAUGUGGAUGGUAUAUUCGACGUCAUCGUUUACCUGGGGAACGUAAAGUACCCGGUCCCCGGUCAUUCGUUGAAUUCUAGCAUCAAGCACGUCUCGUCUUCCAUUAUGGGCACGAAAAGAAGUUUUUCACUUCUUUCGCCGGAAAGAAGUUUUUCACCAGCACCUAAAGCUACUCCUUCUGGGUGAUUGCCUGCUGCUCAGAUACUGCCGGUCUCGUCUGACGCUUUUGCAUAAAAAUGUCCAUUUUGGCCAGAUUCUUCUUCACCGUUUGGCCAGUUGUUUCGGUCUCCCGGCUCAGGGAGCGACAGGGAGAGGAUGUUGUAAAUACCAGAUCGGCUAUGUCUGGCGGACACAAAGUGUCUCAGAAUGUCCAACUCCUUUGCUGUGGUGUGAAGCUGAUAGUAUGAAAAAAUAAUGAAGUUGCUUGACAGUGCUGAUGUUGCUUAUCAACAGCCUUGAAUAAUUUUCGUUGUAGCCUUAAUAAACGUAAUAUUGAGGGAAAAUUUAUAUAGUUUUUUUUUCAUCGCCAUUCGGAAAUAGUCCAUUUUUUAAUGCAUACGUUAACACUAAAUUGGAUGAAAAAUGGAUUGAAAUUUUCGAGCAUUCCAUUCAGUAAUUUGUAGAAAAUUGUUGAAUUUGAAUCGUGCUUGCCAGGCUUUAAUGCUCUAACUGAGCCAGUGAUUUUCAGGUGUAAACAAAAUCCAAACCACCGAAAAAUCACAACUGAAUGACGAUACUUAGAAAGAAAUAAUACAGAUCACGUUUAAUUGCAAGGACAAACAUUAAGUGUUUCACGAAUAAAUGAGACUCGCUAAACUAUGGUUUAUUUUCACAUAACGUAUAUAAAGAAGGUUUUGCUUUUUUGUCCCGCGUUAGACCUUUAACCAUCUGGUCACUUUAGAUAUAGGGAUUUAGGGAUUGAAUGUAAUCAUCAACAUUGUUACAAUCUCCUGCAUCUCCUGGUAUCCCUUCCUGUUCCUGAAGAAAAUACGAUACCCACUUACUCGAGUCGAACGCAGGAUCGGUACCGGUUCUUAACAAUAGAAUUAAGGAAAAAUGUGUUUAUAUACUAGUAAAAAUAUAGUUAAGAGUUUGACUCUUUUAAUCCAAUGUAAAAAUGAACGAAUUCAAAAACACAAUUGAAAAAAUACCUAGGAUUUAAAAAAAGAAAAUAAAUAGAAUCACAAAUCACAGA